CCUGGUUCUCAGUGUAUGUGCCAGCCCCAGCUCCACUUGUCUUUUUCCUACUUUUGGUCUCUCACCCUUCCUCUGUCUGCUGUCCUUCAUAUCCCUGAGAGAUGGGUUGUGAGCUUGUUUUUGCUUGGAUUCCCCAGUCAGAAAAUGAGGGGAGAGAGAGAGAGGACUAAGUGAUAACCCUUUUUCUGAGGAGCAGCCCACAGCCUCCUCAAAGGCAAGAGGAAGAUGGGCAGACCACCAGCCUGGACUGCGACAGCACCCCCACAGCCUCCUCAGCCCUUGGGUGCUCAUUACCCACCUGAGUGAGAUCCCAGCCCCCUUAGCAUCCUGAGUCGGUCAUCCUCUCCCACCUCAUGCCAACCCCAGAUGCUCCGACACUGGCAGGAGGUUGUGGUGACCCUGAUAUCAGGUAGCACGAUUGGGGCCGAAUGUGGAUUUGCCCAAGUCUCCUUACCUCUAGUUUUGGGUUCUUUCACCGAUUGGAUGUGUGUGUGCGCGCGUGUGCGCUGUACCAGGUUAUUUCCUUGGGAAGAGUAAUUGGACAGACUAAUUAUGAAGAGUGUGGGGAGGGGGGCAAGAGAAACCAUCAAGAACCCGUGCCCUCCCCUUUUGGCCUCUCCCCAGCUCUUCCACCGUUUUCCUGCUCUUUCUUUCCGGCCCCUAUUCCCGGUUCUCACCUUUUGCGCGGCGUGGGCCCAGGGCCGUUGCCCUUUUAAGAGAGGCCCCGCCCCUGCGGAGGGGGGCGGGGCGGGGGUUUGAGGAGCCCGAGAAGGAACAAAGCGCGGCCUGCGGGCGGCUGCAGGGCUCGGCCGGCGGGGCCGCGGGUGGCGGGGCCUGCGGGCGGGCGGCCCGGCCGGAGCGUUGGCGGAAAGGGGGCGGCAUCGCCGUCCGCGCCGGCCCGGCCAUGAACGGACUGCCCUCGGUCGAGAUGCCCGGGGGCGCGGGCUACGCCCUGGCCGGGCUCCCACCGCUGCCGCGCGGCCUCAGCGGCCUCCUCAACGCCAGCGGCGGCUCGUGGCGGGAGCUGGAGCGCAUCUACAGCCAGCGCAGCCGCAUCCACGACGAGCUGAGCCGCGCCGCCCGCGCCCCCGACGGGCCCAGCCACGCCGCCACCAACGCGGGCCCCGCCGCCGGCCCCGCCCGCCCGCGCCGCCGGGUCAACCUGGACUCGGCGCUAGCCACGCUGCGCAAGGAGAUGCCCACCCUCAGGUGUCUGCAGGUGGGGCUGAGGCAGCUGGACAUGUCCCUGCUGUGCCAGCUGUGGGGCCUGUAUGAGUCGAUCCAGGACUACAAGCACCUGUGCCAAGACCUGAGCCUGUGCCAGGACCUGUCGUCUUCCCUGCAUUCGGACAGCUCCUACCCGCCGGACGCCGGCCUGUCUGAUGACGAGGAGCCUCCUGAUGCCAGCCUGCCCCCCGACCCGCCACCCCUCACUGUGCCCCAGACACACAACGCCCGUGACCAGUGGCUGCAGGACGCCUUCCACAUCAGCCUCUGAAGAGCUGGAGGGGGCAGCGGGCAGGCCCCCCAUGCAAAGGGCUCAGAAACUCACCCCUCAGCACUGCAGUGCCUGCUCUCCCCCCAUAUGGCCUCGCCUCGCUGGGCAAGACCUGUGCCCCCCCAGAGGCAAAACUGCCAGUGCUUCCCUCUCCUGUCUGGGGCUGGCUGGCACUGAGGCAGGCACCUGGGCUGCAGCCUCUGCCCAUGGCACCUGGAGGACCUCCACCGCUCUCCCAGGUGUAUGCACCCCCAACCCUUAGUCUGGCACCAGAGCUGGAAGCAUCUUCUACUCUCCUCUGGGGUUGGGAGGAGAGUGCCCGGCUCCUGUCACCUUUUUGCUCUUUGCUGCUCUUAGCAGUCGUUGGCUCAGGACCAUCCCACCUCUGGUCCCCGGGUUCCACUGCCCUGCACAAGGGCUCUGGGACCCGUCCCUGUACCACUCGCGGCUGGGAGGGCCAAGGCCCCAUGCUGUAUAUUUAAGUUUAGGGGACAGCCGCCUGGGCACGUAGAUAAAAUAAAUAUUCUCUCAGCGUU